AUGGCGAGUGCGAAUGCUGACGGCCGGGCGAAGGCCAUGCGUGCCGUGCAGGCGCUGUUCGACCGGUACAAGCUCAUUGCUGCGCAGCGCCCACACGGCCAUGUGGACUUUGACAGCGAGGUGAUGAACAAGAUGAAGCUCGUCGACGCCGGCCCCGAAGGCUUCGUCCAGUUCGAGCUGACCAUCGGCAACGAGUUCUCGAAUCUCAACGAUGUCAUGCACGGUGGGGCUGCUGGAGUUAUAUUUGACAUGGCUACCACCUCCGCACUAAAUCCCCUGUCGCGCCCGGACUUCUGGUUCUUCAUGGGCGGCGUUACCCGCACCCUCAAUAUUUCAUAUCUUCGUGCGGUUCCCCUUGGAACUACCGUGCUUCUGACUUCGCGUGUUGUUCAAGUCGGCAAGACCAUGGCCAUGAUAAAGGGCGACAUGACUUCGCUGGACGGCAGCAUCGUUUACGCUACCGCUGAGCACCACAAAGUCAAUGUUUCCUUGAACAAUAAGCAUGCCAAGUUUAGAAUUCCUUGGGACGACGAGAUCGAAGCUGAGGUCAAGAGGGAAGAGGAACUGGAAAUGAAGGGUGGCAAGCACGCGAAGCUUUGA